AUGGGACACGGCUUGUCGAUUCAGUGCUGCCAGCAAGAGCAGUUGAAAAGGUGUGAUGGUGAAUUGCGCACUGGUUCUCCCCACUUCCACGUCUGCGAUGUGGAUAAGGACGAAUGCUUGCCCGAGCGUGUCUAUGUGGCCAGCUGGACUGAGAGUUCAAGCGCGCAGCUGGUCGUCGACGAUGAGCGGGGAGAAGACCCGAGGCAUGUACGCGAGGAGCUGCACAUGCAGACCUUGAGCUACUCGCCGGUCAAGUACGAAGAGUGCGACACAAUUGACACUGCUCGUUCUCAAGAACGAUAUUCCAAUGCAUUGGUCCAUACGGCCAGAAUGAAUACACGACGGCAACUGCUUGACAGACAGGCCUGGCUGAAUUCUGCUGUUCAAGGCAGAUAUGCCAUGUUGCUACUGAACUCUCCGGAGGCGGAGGCGCAUGGGGCUCCGAUCUGGCGUGUUCCGACAAAGUACUAUUUGGACCACAAUCACUCUUCUUUGUCUUUUUCUCCUGGAGGGACAGAUGGAAGCCAUCUCGCCAUCAUGAUGGAUGCUAUCCAGGGCAUAUGUUCUCUGACCGACAGCAUGAUGCUGAUUGCACAGUGGGAGUCGCAUUUGACCGACGUGGAGAAAAACUGUGGAGUAUUGCUCAAGUACCGCUGCGAUGAUGCAAAAGCAUCAGGAUGCAGCGGCUGUGAAGUCUGCUUCCUGGAAGAGUCGGAGGCGGCGAAGGACAUGUUCAUUCACAGUCUGACGGUGCUGUGGCUGGAGAAGCCUCAACCGCACUCCGCCUGGUUCUGA